AACCAUCCUUUAGGUAACAGGGCUCCUGGGUGCCCUUCCGGGCCCUCAUCUCUCGCAUUCUGCCAGGAAGGCCUUAAGACUAACAGGAGGGGGUGGCUGGACGAGGGCUCCGACCGAAAAUGGGGUAAUACCGCCCGCCCCAUUCACAUCGAGGGCAGGAGUAACGUAGGACAGAGGAGCUGGUUGCAUCUGCAUCUCUUGGUUCCUUCUUCUCUGAAGAUUCCAAUAAGACAGCAUGCCUCCCAAGAAGCCUGAACCUAAGAAGGAUGUAGCCAAGCCAGCCCCAGCUGCUUCCCCAGCUCCUGCCCCAGCAUCAGCUCCUGAACCUCUCAAGGAACUGGGCUUUGACCCUAAAAGUGUAAAGAUAGACUUCUCUGCCGACCAGAUCGAAGAGUUUAAAGAGGCCUUUUCAUUGUUUGACCGGACACCAACUGGAGAGAUGAAGAUAACCUAUGGGCAGUGUGGGGAUGUGCUGCGGGCCCUGGGCCAGAAUCCCACCAAUGCUGAGGUGCUGCGUGUCCUGGGCAAGCCCAAGCCUGAAGAGAUGAAUGCCAAGAUGCUGGACUUUGAGACGUUCCUGCCCAUCCUGCAGCACAUCUCCCGCAACAAGGAGCAGGGCAUGUUUGAGGACUUUGUAGAGGGCCUGCGUGUCUUCGACAAGGAGAGCAAUGGCACAGUCAUGGGUGCUGAACUUCGGCAUGUCCUGGCCACCCUGGGAGAGAAGAUGACUGAGGCUGAAGUGGAGCAACUGCUGUCUGGGCAGGAGGAUGCCAAUGGCUGCAUCAAUUACGAAGCCUUUGUCAAACACAUUAUGUCUGGGUGAAGAAGAUUCCUAUGGGCACUUUCUUUCAGGUGCCUGGGCCUUGGCCUUAGCCACCCCAGGUGAGUUAUGGAGAGGCCCACAGUGACUGAGAUGGAGUCCUGGACCAGCCCAAGGACCUUACAACCCAUAGCCCUUCCAUAAAUAAAUAGCUCCAGCAAGGCUGGGCCAAGUUCUGUGAUUCUA